ACGACCUUCCGUCUGAACGCUAUCUCUAACCUCCCACGAGAUGCUCAAAAAAAAAAAAAAAAACCUCCCACGAUUCCACCAUCCUCCUCCGGUAGCGCCGCCGCCGUCCACCGGCCUCGUCCUGCCCACCUUACGUCGGCCUCCUCCUACGAAAUCGCCGCCGCCCGUCUCCAACGGAACCGCCGCCGGCCUCAUCCCGUGGCCCUGCAGCCGCCCUUUUGCUGCGGCCACGCGCCUUCCUCCUGCCGCGGCCUUGCCCCCGGUCUUCUCCAGCGGCCGCGCACCGUCCUCCUGCCGUUGCCCCGCCCCGAUAUCCUCCCGCGGACGCGCCUCCGCCGACCCCCAACAGGAUCCCGUACCUCCACCACCCCCAAGAUCCUACGCCGCUGGGCGGGAUCCGACGCCCCGCAUCCAUGUCCCGGCGAUCCCAAGCACGCCGCCUGCCGCGUGCACUCGACAUGACACCUCCUGCCUCCCCACGUCGCCGCCUACACCGCAAUCACACAUCACUCCGGCCGGGAUCCGUGGCGCAGUCCAACCUCGUCCGUGCGUGCAGUCCCUCCUUGUCUGCUCGCUUGACAGCAGAGCAAAUACUGCUUCCAAAAAUAUGCAGAAGGAGCUCCGGAUUUUGAUGUCUGAAGUUCAGCUGUACCAUGGAGACUACUGCGGCCGUUCGAAACACUAGCAGGCGACGUGCUAACCAGCUGCAGGUCACGGUCUCCUCGAGUUGCAGGUCCCGCCCUUUACCCAUCAGCGUCGUCGCAUGCGCCCUACUUAAUAUUCUACGGCUGAAUAUUAUCGUAACAGUCUUCUUCAACCCAUUGUUUUUCUUCAAAAAGGUUCAGAGUUCUAUUGGGUUAGAAGCCACAGGAGAGCAAUUACAUUUGUGUUUGCUUUUCAGUAAAUAUUCUAGGGCUGAAUGUUAUCCUAACAGUCGUUCAAACCAUGGUUUUUCUUCAGAAGGUUCAGAGUUCUAUUGGGUUAGAAACACGUACAGUUUGCCAGCUUGUUUCAGGUCGUCUAAAUCUGGAGUUCUGGACUAUUUGAUCUACCGGGUUGCCUGCGCCGGCCUUCGAAGCCUACCGAGGUGGUGCCCCACUACUGCCAGCGUCUCCCUGCACCCCUCCUCGACACCACAAGGACGACAGAGAUAUCAAGUUGUUGCUCUUGCUCUUCAACUACAUCUUUAGGUUCACAAAAGUUCAGCUUGGCGCGGGAUGAAAGUUCAGCUGGUGGGGGGCCCUGGCAACAGCAACGUUUCGCUGUGCGGUGUAGGCUACGGUGGCAGCACCAUUUUAAUUUAUGUGUUUCUACUACUGCCAACAGAGGAGAAGAAUGGCCAGCACCGAGCUACUACUGCUACUGCUUGUUUUUGCUUGCACAGCCAAUUUGGGCGUUACCAGGAACAUGACAAAGCGAGAAAAUUAUGGAGUGAUAGAGAUAAAAGAGUAGUGUGCCUACGUGGUGUGGAUAUGAAACGUGUGGUGUGUGAGAGGAUAAGGAAUGUGUGUUACUAUUCAGUGAUAAAAUAACUUGUGGUUCAGAGAAAAGCAACGUUCUAUUUACCUAGCGCUCACGAUCAGCUAUGAAGCUUGUAUCU